GGCCCCGCCCUCUUGCUAGUCCCCUCCUCUCCCUCCGAGUGUGUGUCAGUGACCCAGAGGCGGUGUGAGGCGGAGGAACCGUCGGGGGGCGCCGCCGCCGCCGCCUCCACCAGCAACACCAGCCUUGCCGCGCGCUCGGAUUUGCGUCGAGCCCUCCGGGAGCGCACCACAAAGCGGGCCCCACGCCUCUCCCUCCGCCCGCAGCUCCUCAGCGCUCGGCUCCGCGGCCAACUUCCCCUUGCCGGGCUUGGCCGGCUGGCGAGGAAGACGAAACGCCGCGCUGUCUGCUCGCUGUCUCCACACACGCACACUUCAUCCCCUCGCCCCGGAUCCCGGAGUCGUGCUGGGAUUCUGGCCACCAGCAAUUGUCCGGAAAUAAUGCAAAAGGUGUCCCAAGGCUCCUGACCAGUGAACAAAGAUUUGAGAAAGACAGCUAAGCUCAUGUUUUCUCCUGAUCAAGAAAAUCAUCCAUCCAAAGCACCAGUAAAAUAUGGUGAACUCAUUGUCUUAGGAUAUAAUGGGUCUCUCCCAAACGGCGAUAGAGGAAGGAGGAAAAGUAGGUUUGCUUUGUUUAAAAGACCCAAGGCAAAUGGGGUGAAGCCCAGCACUGUGCAUAUUGCUUGUACUCCUCAGGCUGCAAAGGCAAUAAGUAACAAGGACCAGCAUAGCAUAUCAUAUACCUUAUCUCGGGCCCAGACAGUGGUGGUUGAGUAUACUCAUGACAGCAACACUGAUAUGUUUCAGAUUGGUCGGUCUACUGAAAGUCCCAUUGAUUUUGUAGUAACUGACACAGUUCCUGGAAGUCAAAGUAAUUCUGAUACGCAGUCAGUGCAAAGCACUAUAUCAAGAUUUGCCUGUAGAAUCAUAUGUGAACGGAAUCCCCCCUUUACAGCACGGAUUUAUGCUGCAGGAUUUGACUCAUCAAAAAACAUCUUCCUUGGGGAGAAGGCUGCCAAAUGGAAAACAUCAGAUGGGCAGAUGGAUGGCUUAACCACUAAUGGCGUUCUUGUUAUGCAUCCACGUAAUGGGUUCACAGAAGACUCCAAGCCGGGAAUAUGGAGAGAAAUAUCAGUGUGUGGAAAUGUAUUCAGCCUGCGUGAAACCAGAUCAGCUCAGCAGAGAGGAAAAAUGGUGGAAAUUGAAACCAAUCAGUUACAAGAUGGCUCAUUAAUUGACCUCUGUGGUGCGACAUUGCUGUGGCGUACUGCAGAAGGCCUUUCCCACACUCCUACAGUGAAGCAUUUAGAAGCUUUAAGACAGGAAAUCAAUGCAGCGCGACCUCAGUGCCCUGUAGGGUUCAACACACUUGCAUUUCCUAGUAUGAAGAGGAAAGAUGUUGUCGAUGAGAAACAACCAUGGGUAUAUCUAAACUGCGGCCACGUGCAUGGCUAUCAUAACUGGGGAAACAAAGAAGAACGUGAUGGAAAAGAUCGUGAAUGUCCUAUGUGUAGGUCUGUUGGUCCCUAUGUCCCUUUGUGGCUUGGAUGUGAAGCUGGAUUUUAUGUGGACGCCGGGCCUCCAACUCAUGCGUUUAGCCCAUGUGGGCAUGUGUGUUCAGAAAAGACGACUGCCUAUUGGUCCCAGAUCCCACUUCCUCAUGGUACUCAUACUUUUCAUGCAGCCUGUCCCUUUUGUGCACAUCAGUUGGCUGGUGAACAAGGCUACAUCAGACUUAUUUUCCAAGGACCUCUAGACUAACAGACAGUUGUCCUCCAGGACUGCAUUAUAAAUUUAUAAGCUAAGUGAGUUGGAUUUUUCAACCUGUUGUCCACAUCACGGUUUCUCUGAUCUGGUCAUUUGUUAAGAUGGAAGAAUUUUUUAAAACGUUUAUAAUAAAUAGUAACAAUUUUUGAGCAAAAUCUGGGAAACUCAAGCAAAGGAAUUUCUGAAAGUAUCAGACUUCUGAAUUCUGAGUUUUUAAAAUCUAUUUUGAGGAGAAAAAGACAGCCUAAUCUGAUGCCUUCAUUUUAGUGUUUUUGAAUCACCCAUCCUCAGUGUUGAAAAAUUGUUUUAUAUAACUGAGGGUAUUGUUGGUUCAAACUAUGUUAGUUUACAGUUUGUUGCAAACAUUGUAAAAUACAGCAACAUGUAUAUUAAUUUUUUUUCUAUUUAUCUUUAUUAUAGGAAAUACCUUAGAAUGUUCCUGAUAGAGUAGCAUGGUAACGAUGGUGUCACACUCUUGGUGUGAAUGGUAGUUUAGCAAGCAUAGCUCACGGAUUUGCAAAGUUAUGAAGAAGGACAAGAGAGCCCCCCUCCCCAUCCACAUCUAAAUGUGGAAUUUGGUAAAUUAAAAUACUUUGUAAAACCAAAUUCAUAUUAAUUACCAUUGUGUAAAAGGUGUUUGUUUUUAACCACAUUGAAGAUAAUCAGGAAAGGUUUUUUUCCUUAAUGUUUCUCUCAAGUGUAGUACUAUAACAAAAAUUUAAUGCUAAGAAACGUUUUAUAUGCUCCUUUGAAUAUGCAAUUUAAUCUAGAUUAUCUAUUUUUCUCCCAUGAUAACUAAUCUGUUUUUAGUAUCAGCGACAUUUGGCAAGUUUAUUUUUUUGGAUAUAAACUGUGGUUCAUCUGUUCACUGUUUCUAGAAAAAAAAAAAUCAUUCCCAUGAGAAAAAGCAUAAAUUAACAAGAAAAGAGAAUGACUUGAUUUGCUUUUAGAAAAAGAAAUGCUUAAUUAAUUAUUCCAUAUUUGGCCUUAUCUAGACAUUAGAGAGAUACAAAGGGUCAAAUGACAGUAGUGCCCGCCCCCCCCCCUUUUUUUUUUUAACCUAGCAGACCAGCCUUAACUUCGAGAUUGAAUCUUAAGGAAAGUUGCCAGUGUGACUCAAGGACAUGUUUGUUGGCAGAUGAGCACCAUUGACAGCAGAGUGGAGGGACAGAAUUGCAUGGUCUGUUUAUUCCCUAAUUCCAAUAAAUUCUUUUGCUCUCAGAAGCAAGAAAAAGUUUCUCCUCCUCCUCCUCCUGCCCCCAUUUUUUUUUUUAAUGCACCACAAUGAAAGUAUAGACAGUUGCACUACAUCAGACACUCUGUGGCACUUGUAGAAAUCAGUACACUUUUAGAUUAGAAAAAAUCAUUAUUUUAAUCUUUUGAUUUGUUUUCCUUUAGUUUGAAAAGUUGUAUAAUACUUAAUUGACUAGCAAAAUUUUGUAUGUGGUAGCAUAGCUUUAAUUUAUCCUAUUACAACAAUGUUCUGAAUUUUCUUUUGGAUUUUUUUUUAAAAAAAAACAAAACCUGUUGCUUAGAAGCCAUGAGCUAUUUUAUUUUACUUCAACUUGUCAAAAUUUCUUUCUUUUUAAAAAUGAUUAUUUGGGUUCACUCAGGAAAUGCAUGUCAGGAAACUUGUAUUAUAAGUUUACUAGUUGUGAUGUAUCAGUAACUGCUGUUACCCCCUUUUCAAAGAAAUAUAAUUAAUUUUGAAGUUUUCUAGAUUGUCACAUGCUCUGUGACUAAUGCAAGGAAAUCAAGUCCUGUGUUGUAUUUGUUCUAGUCAUUUCUAUUCAGUCUAUAUAUUGUAGCUAAUUUUUAUUUGCAAUUAAUUUAUUCAAACUAAGUAAAUACUUUUCAAAAUAUGUAUUUCAAUUUGUGUCUGUGAGUUCAUUUUUGCAUAACUGAGAACAGGAAACCAGAAGUGAUGUAGAUUUGUAGACAAAUCUACCCCACACUUCAGAAAUAUUCACUUGAGAUAGAUGAGGAGUUUGCAUUUAGGGUAGGACUUUAAAUCUCUGGUUCUCUUAGGAAAGCAUCUCUUACUUAUUAAUAAACCAACUUUAGUGGUUGAAUAA